AUGUCAGAUCCAUCAAUCUACACGUAUCCGUCUCCUCUCGAAGGAUAUGAGAACCUGCCUCCUCUCUCAGAGUAUAAUGCAGAUGGCAAGUCCUACGUGAACCCACCAGCAGCCAGUCUAAGCCCUGCAUACGAGUCCUUCGUCUUUCCCAUUACAAACGACGAACGCGGUGGUUUCGACGUCCACGUUUACUUCCAGCAAAACAUCGAUUCCGAGGUCAAAUUUGCGAUUGAGCUGUGGGAGCGUAUCCGCAGAGAGUUCCCCGAGCUACGUGUAUACAGGGUAUGGGACAAGCCAAUUGGUCCACAUCCCAUCGCCAUGUUCGAAGUCAACUUGUUCACGCCUGCCCAGUUCGGUGCUUUUGUUCCAUGGUUGGUCAUCAACAGGGGUCCGUUGUCGGCAUUGUUGCAUCCAAACACUGGAGACGAUAUUCGAGAUCACACGCAAAGAGCUACGUGGCUCGGUCAACCGUUCCCACUCCAGAUCGGUCUACUCAGACGCUUGCUGGAGAAGAGGGCUGAAGCGGCUUAG